UAUAAUUUGAUGAACAUUUCCGACAAUUUUAGAGGUUACAGCUCAAGCGUGCCAAGCCUUCCAAAUUAAUCAAUUUAUUGUGAAACUCAUGGAUGUUAUAUUUUAUUCUUACUGUUUAAAACGUAUGAAACGCUCCAUAAUAAUUGUUGAAAUAAUUUAACACAGGCAAAAUGAUAAUCAAAAUGUUUGGACUUAUUUUAUUUUUCUCAUUGUCUCAAUCUAAAAACCAUUUAAUGCACAAUUUGCCUAUGGGAGAAUAUCGUAUGGAGUAUGAUAAAAUAUAUCAGUGUGCAUCAACAAAAAACCAUUCAAUUCAAUUUAAUUUGUAUUUAAAUAAAAAGACAUUAAGUAUAAAAGAAUUAAAAGGAAAUAUAACGUUUUUGAUACCUUUUGACGAUACUCUUGCAAUUGAUAUCAACAGUACAUCUUGGGAUUUAACUGGCGGUUGGAAACCGAACUCAAAUAUUAUCACGAUAAGAAAGGCAUGUAGUGGUAUAAAAUAUUUUUUGGGAAGUGCGUGGAUUACAAUUCAAAAAGGUUUUAACAUUCCAACUGAUAACUGUCCACUACCAGCGGGCACUUAUUUAACAUCAGGGAUUGAUUUGAAGAAUUUGGAAGUUUCUAACUUUCCCAAAGUAUAUUUUUAUGGAAAAUAUAAAUUGGUGCUUUUCUAUAAAAACGCUAAAAAUGAAGAAGUUGGCUGUCUGGUUAUGGAGGUUAAUCUUAUACGACCAUGGGAAACACCACUUUGA